ACGGCCACUCGAGAUUUAGGGGGAUUGGGAGAAGCAAAGGUCAGAAGAAAAAAAAGGAAGGCUCGAGAAACACUAUCGGAGCUGACGAUGGCGCAUCCAGGAGUGUACCUCGAGCUUCUGCUGCUGCCACUACUUAUGCUCAGCCACUUCUGCCACGCCCAAUUUACCUGGACGCCUAUCUACGUUGGUGGCGAGAGCCAAAUCGACCUCUGGACGCAGAGCAUGAGCGGCUGUUCGUGCGGCUUCAACUCGUCACAAACGGCCUGCGCGUGUUGCGUACCACGAGGUGGAUGCAGCUGCGGCGCCGCCAUGCCCAACAGAUGCACCCAGUGCGGCCUCGAAAAUUACUGCUCAAAAAUGUGCAACGUGACGCUGGACAGUAGGCAAUUGUUCAGCAAAUCGGAUCGGGGCUUCGGUCAAAUAAAGUCCCCGCAGCUGCAGGGGCCCUCCUCGUGCACCUACAGGUUCGUGCCGGACACUGGCCAACGAGUGGAGCUCCAGGUCUGGCGGAUCAUAUCCAUUGGGCGGCACAACGGCACUGCGUGCGAGGGUGGAUGGCUGGAAUUCGAAGGUGGGCCAAGGAUAUGUGGACGUGACUUACGACUGCAUCAGCCCAUUGUACUUUUCUCCGACAAACCAGAGCCGAUUUUGCGUGUACAGAUAAACGAGAGCACUGAGAGAUCGCAGGUUUACGCCUUCUACAGUUUUGCGUCCACAGCUAGCACGUCAGUUGGUUGGCCAGCCAGGGGUGGUAGGCAGCUGCCCGAUACAGAGUGUGAUUGGAUUUACGAGGAGCACCAGUGCCACAGGGGCUGCGUUUUAGCGAGUCCCGGAUACCCAGGCCUGUACCCGCCAAAUUCAAGGUGUCGAUAUCUCAUUACCUCCAAUCGAACUGUCACCAUCAAUAUCUCCUUCACUGCUGUUUUGAUGCCCAUGACACACUGUACGAGUAAUUACAUCGCCGUUUACGCCGGUCAGACGACGAACAGCGCACUGCUGAGGACACUGUGUGAAAAAAAGACGGGCAGUGUGGUGCACGUCGGGAGGGACCUACUCGUUGAAUUUAGAUCUGGAGCUGAAGUUUCGCCCUUUGACUACAACGGAUUCGUCGCCACACUGAAUUUUGUUGAAAUAACGACAGAAGCACCCACGACUGCGAGCACUACAACGACUGUUGUCGAGAGCACGAGCAAAGCACAGCUAAUUCACUUGGAGAACGGCUUGGAUGCGUUGGUGGACAGUCCAUACUCGGUGACAUCGCCAAGUGGCAGCCAACAGCAGCAGCGCAACGGCAGUACUUCAGGAGCACAUCACCAGCGCUCCAACUGCGAUGUCGAGGUCAGUGGUGACAAGUUGAGGAUGGGCUUCCACAGUACGCGCAGUCGGACCGCGAUCUUGGCUGCUCUGCCCGUCGUCUGUCGGCUCAGCCUCAUCGGACGCGACUACGACACCGUCCACGUGUCUUUGGCCAACUACAGUCUCAACUUGGACUCUUGCAAGUCGCAGAUAGAAGUACUCGAUGGACCAAUCAAUGAUAAAAGCUCCCCGAGCCAUUCCAAAUCGAUAGGAAAAAUCUGCAGCCACGAUAAUCAGCUAACUCAUCAGAAACAGACACCGUAUAACGAACCUAGGAGGUUCUCGUCGAGCAGUAGAAACAUGACAAUCAUACUGACGCGAGCCAGUGACGAAGACUACUUGGAUGUUUCGUACUAUUUUCACAACGAGCGUGAGUCUGGGACACAGCAACCCAAAACUCACUGCGACGUCGAGUACUACGGUCUGAGGUCGCCGAGGACGGGUAAGGUGGUACAUCCCAAGGUCAACAGGUUCAGCUCGGGAAACGUCAAAUGCAAGCAGUACUUUAUACCAGCAGCCAACCAGGCGGUCAUCAUAACGUUGAACAGUACAAUGAACCAGACGCACGACAGCCAGUGCACGACGCAGUGCGGCGAUCAGGGCUGCAGGUGCGCGAGCAACCGCUCGCUCGACGACAUCGACCACCUGCUCCUCGUCUCGCGAGUCCACGGCAACACGCUGGCAUGUCUCUGUGGAAACAAUCGGGAUUGGCUGCCGGUCGAGUUCUGGAGCACGACACCGGUGUACAUCGAGUGGUCGAGGUCGAGCCACACGAGCCUCAAUCUGAGCGCAGACUACGAGUUUGCCGACGACACGUUCUGCGGCUCGUAUCAGGCAAACGCCGGGAAACUCGAGGGGGAAAUACGCGCCGGCUUCUCGGCCAACUUCAGCUUCGCCCUCAACCGGUACUACCAGCAAAAGUGCACUUAUCUGAUCGAGGUGCCAGCGAACCGAGAACUCGUCAUCAUGAUCGAGUCUUCCCAGACGAGACCGUGUACAGCUUGGAAUCUGACGGUGCACGAGUACAACAAGACCAGCGCGAACAACGAGGGCCCGAGGCUGCACACCUUCUGCUCCCGGGACAUUGCGAGGAACUUCACCAUCGGCCAAGAGAAGCGCUCCGUCAUCGUCAAGUUGCAAGCUCUGGGCCGUACGGUGCCACAGUACGUGCUGAGGUGGCGAAGCCAAAGCGCAUUAAAGUCACGCAAAAAAAACUCGCCUAACAGUAGCAUCAACGUGGCGAUGGUCAGCUCCUCGGUGAGUCCCAGCCUUGGUGGGUCCUCGUUAUUCUUGCUGCUGUUGGUACUAAAGGUUUUGGUAACCACCUGAUUGUAGCCAACAUCGAUAUCUAAGUCAUCAGCUCCUUCUCACCUCUUUGCCGUGUUGUACAUAAUGUAUGAUAAAAUGUGUCUGUCUUGCACCUACACGAUAAGGUGCAUCUACCUGUAACUACGAAUCUUCAGAAAUAAACACGUAAGUGUUCAUGUACUAUAUAAAAAUACACCCAAACACGAUAUAGAUUUUUGUAAGUUGUUGCAAGAUGAUAUAAAACGAGAGGUCGAAAAACGUUUGCUACUGAUUGUUUGGAUUGUCUGAACUAUUUAUGAUGAUGAAAUUUUUUUAUAAUACAAAAUAUGUGCGGGCCAUUUCGACAAUGAAUUUAAGACGCUUAUUUUAAGUAACAAGUAGUGCAGACGAAUGAUGGAUGUUCCAAACAACGAGCCGUAACGUUUAAGGUAAAAGCCGUAAUGUUAUCCUUUAUAAGUAUAAAGUGACUGCCCCUUUUAUUGUUGACGACUGUACUCCUGUACGCUUAUUUAAUAAAAUUUUACAUUUUUUGCCAUUUUUGUGACAUUACUGUCAAUUUUAAAGGACUAUAGUUGCUUUGAGCAUUAAAUGUCCACUAACUGUAGAUCUACAUCUCUCUUGAAAAUUAAAUUUAAUUGAAUACUUAAUGUUCUUUUUGACAAGCUUCUCCUUCACGGAUCUAGUCGUAAAUGAGCAGAAGUAAAGCAGUCACCUUACCCAUACACACACAUACCAUAAAUAUUUUUUUACAAGAUAAGUUUUUGUUUGAUCUACUAAGUUAUUGAUAUAAUCUCAUGUCAUCAAUUUUGCUUCAGAUUAUUUGACACCCAGAAUAAAUCUGAUAUUAAAAAAUUUUUGUUAUUUUUGGAUGAAAAAUAUUUUUUAAUGUUUUUAAAACA